UUCGUUCCCUGUUCAGAGAGUCAGAGGAUGCAUCCGUAGCUUGGGUGAGACAUCAACCAUUCUACCUUCAACUGGAUUCAAAAGAAUUUCAGUAAUUUUAAAUUUGGCUUGGAUGUAUACUGUUAGGUACUAGGUUUUUUUUGGUUUUUUCGUCUUUUAUCAUUUUACAUUAGCUGUUCUCUGGUGAAAUUAUACAUAGGAUCCAUUGGAAGCCAACAUGAGAAAGUUAUCCUUCCAGGAUAAAUUCUGUAUUUUAACAUUUUGGGUUCUGAUGUUGAUGUACAGCACGGCAGAGCGAAAGUACUUCAUAUUGGACAAAAAAAUGAACUGGGAGGAGGCCAGGAACUACUGCAAGGUCUGUUUCAAAGAGCUGGUGACACUGACCCCUGACAACAGCCAGAGCAUUGCCCGGAACCUCACCUCUACUUACUACUGGAUCGGCCUCCGCAAGAACCUCUCCGCCAACAGCAACUCCAGUGGCUACUCUACUAGUAACCUCAAUAUGUCCUGGACCCACUGGGCCAAUGGGGAUCCCCUUGCCUUCCAGAACUGCCGUGACAACCCCAGCAAUGACUACCCCAGCAGUGACCAACCGAGCAAUGACAACCUCAGCAGUGACCAACCCAGCAACGACAACCCCAGCAACGACAACCCCAGCAAUGACAACCCCAGAAAUGACUACCCCAGCAGUGAGCAACCUAGCAAUGACAACCUCGGCAGCAACCAACCCAGCAAUGACAACCCCAGCAAUGACAACCCCAGCAAUGACAACCCCAGCAGUGACCAACCCAGCAAUGCCAACCCCAGCAAUGACAACCCCAGCAAUGACUACCCCAGCAGUGACCAACCGAGCAAUGACAACCUCAGCAGUGACCAACCCAGCAACGACAACCCCAGCAACGACAACCCCAGCAAUGACAACCCCAGAAAUGACUACCCCAGCAGUGAGCAACCUAGCAAUGACAACCUCGGCAGCAACCAACCCAGCAAUGACAACCCCAGCAAUGACAACCCCAGCAAUGACAACCCCAGCAAUGAAAACCCCAGCAGUGACCAACCCAGCAAUGCCAACCCCAGCAAUGACAACCCCAGCAGUGACCAAUCCAGCAAUGACAACCCCAGCAAUGACAACCCCAGCAGUGACCAACCCAGCAAUGACAACCCCAGCAAUGACAACCCCAGCAGUGACCAACCCAACAAUGACAACCCCAGCAAUGACAACCCCAGCAAUGACAACCCCAGCAGGGACCAACCCAGCAAUGACAACCCCAGCAAUGACUACCCCAGCAAUGACAACUCCAACAGCGACAACCCCAGCAAUGAUAACUUCAGCAGUGACAAACUUCACCAGACAAACAGAAUUUGAAACCCCAGAUAGCAAACCGGGAGAAAACACAACUGAAAACAUGCCGAGCAUAAGCCCUGCAGAAUGUGUACGAACACCUCUUCUGUUCCCCGAUGUCCCAGAGACUGAUGAGAACUAUAUAGAGGACUCUUGUGUGGCCAUGCUCAGCUUUGGGGCUUGGGUUGAAAAGAAGUGCUCAGAGCAUUUGCCUUUUAUUUGUUAUGAAGAUGAGUUCUUUGGCCACGCCAGCGUGACCAACG